UGAACCGGUGUACCCCCGCUUCGCGUUACUGUCUGGCCGUACGUGCGUGCGUGCGUGCGCCCAUUCGAGUGUGUGUGUACAUGUACCUAACGCAAUCACUGAUUCUACUACGAUUUGUGUCCAAAGUUCGCUGAAAAAAGUAUGUCCUGUGGUCUAAAAUCUCCGAAUGUCGUCGUCGCUGUGCAGAGACCAGACACCAGUAGUGUCAUCGGUUCCGGCACGUCCGAGUGUGAUUCUUCGCCCUUCGAGUGUUUCGAUUAGUAACAAUUUAAAACGUUAUUUAUCCAAAAUACUAAUUAAAAAUCCUUGAUUGUUAUUGUUGGUGGUGGAAGUGAUUUCCCAUAUUAUUUGAGAGUAUUUCUUUGCUCUUCUACCAGAGCGCAGAAAGGAAGUAGCAGAAAACGGCAGCAGCAGCAGCAGCAGUAGUUUUGUGGUAGAAAAGAAGCGAAAAAUAUUUUCAAACUUGUUCUUGUGGUGGCCAGCGCUAGUUGUGUAGUGUUCGGUUCGGGCCAAGCAAGAUACCAGGCAACUCGCGCGUCACGAAGACCCCCAGAAAACGAGUCUGGUCAGCGCGCGGACGACACUGAGCCUGUGUGCGCAAGUGGUACUUUUUGUUGUGUAAAGGUAUGAGAUUAUGUGGCAGCGGCAGCAGCAGCAGCAGCACCAGCAAAACGGAGACGACGACAUAUGCAGUAACAACGAAAACAACGUCAGCAGAAGCAACAGCCGGAAUAUACGCUUUCAAGGAUUGUGCAACGCACGAACAAACGAUCGAAUGCAACUUGUUCCGGAGGAAGGCUUUCGAGAAUUUACCGCUGCUGGUGUAGCGGAAUGUGCUGCUGAAUCAAAAGCCAGUGAGUGAAGGAAAGAAAGAGGAAGCUGAAAAAAAGUGGAAAAAGAGAAAAGUGCGAAUAAAGAGCAACACAAAAAGUGCGUUUCAUAUUACCCUCCUCAUGCAAGGGGGAAAUCGUGCGAAAUGUGUUAAGAAGAAAAGGUGUUCAUGAUUACCUGUUACAACGGUUAUAAAUUAUCGAAUAAUGUUGAGAAAAGUGAUAAACCUAUGUUUUAUUUAUUGAAGCACUGAACAGGUUAUGAAACGAAUUAGCUAAACAUCUGGCCCGCUGCGAGUUGGCCCGUGAAAGUUUUGUAGGCAAAGACUGCUACCGCGAGGGUGAAGAAAAACUUCCAGAUAAGAUUCCCGUCUGUCACCAGCAAGUAGAGGAACACCUAACUUUGCGAUCGUAAAUGUUAAAGAAGAAGAGCGAAAAAGUAACUAUAACUCACCAAUGUUAUCAGUAAAUGGAUUGUGGUUUCCUGAUAAGCUUACCGUGCAUACACUGUGUUCUCGAUCAUCCCAAAGAGUGAAGUGAACGAGGUUUUGUUUUUAGAUUCGUAAGCGCAAGUGUCAACCAGGAGCAAAGAAAGAGCUUUAUCAAGUGUUCUGUGAUUUUGCCGGAGAAUAAUUACCUUUGUCAUUAAAUAAAUAAGCUACCGUUUCACCAUAUAGAAAUUCGAUUCAUUAUAGAAACGUGGCCAGAGUUGGAUUUCCUCGGAGUGAAUGAGAAGUGCAACCAAUUUCUGUAUCAACCGAAUCAAGAGAGAUGAAAAAAGUGUGCUAAGUGAGGAGAAAAGAAAACCAACAAAUCAAGAAAGCUUUAAUGACGACGGAGCUGAGUGAUAAUUGAUAAGAGCUAAAAGUGGAGGAAGAGGAGAGAAUUCAUCAGCAGCAAAAGUGUUUUGUGUGCUCUAUCGAUCCGAAAAGGAAGUGAGUGUGGAAGUGAAAAAUCCAAAGAAAAUCGAAACAUAGCGGAACGGGCGAUGAAUCAAUAGAAGUAGGCGGCGAAAUUGAAUGGAAUACCGGAUUUGUCAAGUGCGAAUCGGGCAACGGUAAUUGAUCAUUAUUUCCAGUUCCAACAAACAACGAAACCCGUUCGGAAGUGGUUUGUGUGUUGUUCGUAAAGCAUGUGCGCGCAGUGCAUUAAUGGAUCCUGAUUUCGAUUUGUUGUUCCCGAUACACCUACGUACCAUUUCUCCGGCUGGAACGUGUCUAAAUAGUGCCUCAAAAUUUGGAAUUACUCGUUAGAGUCGGUGGCUGGCGUAUCAGCGACCACGGAGCGAUUAACAGCUCCCCCGGCGCCUCCCCAGGGCCACUCGCCCCUCCAACUCAUCGAUGAGCCCCACAUGUCCAUUGCUGCGGCUGAAAAUGCAGGGCUUGGCCCAUGUGAACUUCCCUUGUCGGACCAGUGGCUCGUCCAUGCACAGCUCUCACAAUCAACGCAAUCGUCGUCACAACAAUAUUCAUCAUCGUCGCAAACAAGUGGCCCCAGUUUGGGUUUGGGUGGACUGUCAACACUGCCGUUGCAAGCGCAGCAACCUCAACAACAACAACAACAACAGCAACAUUCCACCAGCAGUUCUCACCAGCAACCGCCGUCAACAUCACAGCAGCCGCACCAUCUGCAGCCGAAAAUAAUGAACGCCGUCGUUCCGGCCGUGUCGGUUCCGGCAGCAACCAAAAAAAUUCGUAGAAAACCAGAUACGAAGUUUCACUCUUUUAAAUUCGAUUCGGAACAGCCUCAGUCACAGAUAAACAAGUGCAACAACGAGAAACGUCGCCGAGAGUUAGAGAAUGAGUACAUCGAACAGCUCGGCGAGUUUCUGCAGAUCAACAAGCGGGAUAUGACCGCUUGCAAACCGGACAAAGCAGCGAUACUCAGUGAAGUGGUGCGAACGUUUCGCCGAUUGUUGGAGCAGGGAAAUCGUGAUCUAACCGGCCCGAACCGGUGCUCCAAGUGUUCGCCCGACUGUAGCGACUCCUGCAAGCUGCACCCCGUUCAGCAGGGGGAAGUGUCCUCGACGGAACCACCACUACCGGAGCCGUCCGUUAACGGCCACUCGCCGGAAAAGUCAGCCUACUUCGAAGCGGUUCAGCACUACAUUUCGAACGUGGGCUGGGCGCUGCUCGAGAUCAACUCGGAAGGUGUCAUCGAAUGUGCCACCGAGAACGUACUGGACGUGCUACACUACUCGCGCUCCGAGCUGCACGGCCAGUCCAUCUAUUCGUACCUGCAUACUGGUGAUCAUUCAAAGCUGAGUCCUAUUUUAAAUAAGAAUACGUUUGAGCUAAAUUGGGAGCAAGAUGAGAUGUUUUAUCAGACACCAAAGCGAACGAUUCGGACGAAGAUUCGCUGGCUGCUGAAGGCCCCGGAGAGUGCUAACGAUACGAUCGAGCAAAAGCAACAGCGUCCGGACAAGUAUAAGGAUCUGCUCAUCAUCUCUGCACCCGUUAAGGAUGACACAGACACCGAGUCAUCGUCGGUGCUUUGCCUAAUCACACUACCAGAGGACGACCAUCAGGGCGCCAUCGAGAGCAACACUAUGCCACAGACGCUCGACGAGCAAUUGACGCUCAAACUUGAUAUGAGUGGUGACGUCAUAGAUUUGGAUGCCGCCACACUGAGAAAACAAUUUGCAGGAUACCUAACCAAAGAGACUGUACGGUCAAUCCACGAUCUCUGCCACUUUCAGGAUCGACCUCGUUUGAACGAGCACCUUAACAAUGUGAUGAACGCGAACGGAACCGCUCAGGUUUCCUCCUACCGGUUGCGUCUGGGCGGACCGGACGUGUACGUGCACGUCAAGGCCCAGACGAGAUUAUUUCGCAACAACAAACCAAACGAACCGGAUUUCAUAAUGGCCAUCCAUACGAUCCUGAACGACAGUGAAGUGGCAAUGGUGGAGUGUGGUUUGGCCGGUGGAGGCAAUAAUCCUUCGUCAUCGUCUUCGUCCAGCCUGGCGAUGCCCAGUGCCAGUAGUAGCGGUGGCAGCAGUUCAGCUCGCCAGCUACAACAAAUCACCCAAGGAGUCAGCAACAUGGGUGGCCCGUUAAUGUCGAGUAUACUGAACGGAGGAGGUAGCGGAGGUGGAACUGGUGUGCCCGGAGGGCUUCCAGGAUCACUAUCUUCGGUCGUGUCACCACGGAGUAAUCCCAACUCGUCCCUGCUACCUUCGGAUAGUUCAAACUUUUUCAGUUCGGAUUUCGAAUUCGAAUUUCCACAUUCCACGUUCGACAUGGAGUCCGUCGGUGUUGGCUGGGACUCGCGGCCUGACUCACGGACGAGUGUAACUCCAGUCAGUACGCCUCGGCCACCUUCGGUGACGGCAUACAGUCCCGCUGCAGCUCCCAUGUGUCCCUCACCCUUAACUCCCUACCACGCAGGAAGCGCCGGAGGUCAACCAUCACCGUCGAACAACAAUAAUAACAACAGUAUGACCAAUAACAACACCGGUCCCUUCGGAGGCAACUUUCCGUUUCCUUUCGAUGAUAAAGAGAAAAUUCAGGAUCAAAUUCACCAUCAGCAGCAGCAACAACAACAACAGCAACAGCAACAACAGCAGCAGCAACACCAUCAGCACCAACAGCAGCAGCAGCAGCAGUCACAGCAACAACAGCAACACAUGGCCUCACACGACUCAGAGCGAUUACGUAAUCUACUGACAACCAAACGACCUCACUCAAAUGCCUCGUCCUCGUCUGGCUUGGAUAUGGAUCAUGACCAUCGGAACCCGAAUCGGAUUCUGAAGCUACUCAACGAAAAAAGUGAUGAUGACGAUACAGAAUCGCGAAAUCGGCCGACGAGUGAGCUGCUGAGGCAGCUGCAGAAAGUGAAGGAUGAACCCAAGGAACACCCGGCUCCAUUGAACAACGAGGAACUAAUCCAGAUGCUUCGCCUACAGGGAAACGAUCGCAAGCGCCCGUCGAACGAACCGGACGAGGGCGCUGCUGCGAAGCGCCCCGAUGACAAACCGUCCAAAUUGCGCGAGAAAAACAAAAUGUUAGCCUCGCUACUGGCCAACCCGGCCAAGGCACCGACACCGCUGCUGCCCGGUCACCUGCCCCUGAACCGUAUCAUCCCCGAUAUACCCAUCAGUAACGUGGCCCGGCAGAUGCCUCCGGUCACCAGUUCGACGCCACCGAAUCAAACCAUCAACAACAACAACCUGACCACAAACAACAACAAUCUGAAGCAAGUACAACAGAUGAGCCAUCAGCUACGGAUGCAGCAGCAGCAACAACAGCAGAUGCGCAAAUCAGCUAUGCCUUCACAAUCACAACAGCCACCUACUUCAUCCGAUAUCUACCUCAACCAUCAGCAGCAUGUGCAGGCUUUGCUUCAGCAGCAAAUGGUUGCUGCCCAGCAGCGCCAGCCAAACUACUCGCCAGCGAUCCAGGACUCGGGCAUCGGUUCCGUCGGCAGUGGUCCGUUCGCCUCUUCAGCUUCGUCGACCACCAGCCAGCCGACGCCCGAAUGGGAUCCGGAGUUGAACGAAAUACUUAACCAUGUAAUCGACAUCGCUCCAGAGGGCAACUUUGGCGAUAACGAACUCAAUAGUCUUUUAGGUAUAAGUUCCAUCGAGUCAUCCACAUCCGCAACUCCAUCCCAAUCUAGCCAGCAAGACAUUCAGGAAAAGUUAGCAAUCAAUGCAAUCCAGAAGUCGCUGAUGCAGAUCGAAAACGUAACCUCUCCCAUACAGUACAGCGGCAGUCCGCCAGCGUAUCCGAUGCACGGAAUGGGACCGGGUGGCUCACCCAUGUCUCAACAGCAGCAGCAGCAACAGCAGCAGCAGCAGCAACAGCAACAACAACAGCAGCAAGGUCCGGGAACGCCAACGACUGCUAACCCUUCGAACUUUACCCCGCCUCCAGUAUAUACGCCACGCACGAGAAUGUCCGGUCCAGGGCCCGGCGUUGGGCAAAUAGGAAACGGUGCACCUGGAGCAAAUGCAUUGGCCAUUCAAAAACUGCAAGCCCAGCAGCAGCAGCAGCGUGAGCGAUUGCAUCAAGAGCAUCAGCGACAGAGACUCCUGCAGCAGCAAAAGCAACAGCAAAUGGUUGUGCCGGUGAAUGCCACAGCUAAUGCAGAUAUUAACCUGGGUUUAACACCCGGCAUGCAAAACAUCGAGUCGUUGCUCAACAAUACCGUUGCGCCGAAUGUUUCGUUAACGCGAGCAGGCAGCGUACCGGACUCUCAGCUUAGUCCAGGUUUCUCGCCAAGUCAGCUGAUGCAACAGCAGCUAAGUCCGAGCCAACGGACGCAACUUAGUCCACAGCAACCAGGUUUUCAAGGUAAUCCGUUUACCAGCAACCCCGGUCAUCGGAUGUCGCCGCAGCAGCAGCAGCAACUGGUAGCUAGCUUCCAGCAAAGUAGUGCCGGCAGUCAACAGCUAUCCCCGCGUCAACCCCAAUUCAGCAGUGCCCAACAGGUGCCCCAACCUAAUGCAGCGGCAUUACAGCAGCAGCAACAGCAGUGGCAGCAGAAUGCCAAUGCUCGCCUCUCCAUCCAACAGCAGAAUCCUAUGCUUAAUGCUCAACUAUCGACGGUGCCGGGUUUCAAUCCAGCCGCCGCCAACCGACAAUUUGUGGCUCCACAGAGACAGCGAUCGCUCAACUCGCCGGGAACUCCACGGCAAAGCUCGUUCGGUGGGACGGUAGACGGAGGGUUCCCCGGACCACCGAGUCCCUCGCAAGCCAACACAGCGUCCGGACCCAACUUCGGUAACCCGGUCUUCGCCAGCCAGCAGAUGAGGCUCCAGAGACAGGGUAGUGUUCCUCCCCAAGCCACCCAGCAUCUUCCAGGAUCGCCACGUCCCUCGUACGGCGGACAUGGACCCAAUCCAGAUGCUAGUGGCUAUGGGAUGAUGUUCAGCAAUGCCGCCAUGCAGCAGCACACGGCGGGCUCACCAGGCGAUUUCUUCAAUCGCAGCCAAACUGGUGCCAACGGUGGUGGUGGUGGGCUGAACACGUCCGAGCAUGUCCGGCAGGAGCUGCGAGCGGUCGUUAGUGUUCGCGCGCAGAACGCGGCUAGCGGCGGUGUUGGUGGAGCGGGCGGCCUGCGAACACCGCAAAGUCCGAUCGGCAUGUCGCCCAUGGGAGGCGUUAGCGGGGGCAUACAGGGACCUGGAAGUGUGACAGGAGCUGUCACUGGUGGCGGAAGCACCCCCGGCGGUGGACCGAGCAUUUCCGUGCUCAGUCCCGGAAUGGGGGGCAUCACAGGGAAUCUAGUUAGUAGUGGUGGUGGUGGAGGAGGAGGAGGAGGUACAGGAGGAGGAAGUAGUACGGCAGGAGGAGGAAGUGGAAACGGCUCUGGAAACGGAGCAGACGGUAUGCAGACAUCACAGUUACCAGGUACGUCAUCGUUACUCAACACACCAGGCGACAUGGAUCCGUCAAUGCUAUUCAAUUUUCACCUCGCGCCGAAAGAAUUCUUCGGAGGUAAUACGAGUCGGUGACCCGAAAAAUUCAUCCCUCCUUCUGCAAAAACUUCUGUCGGAUUAAAGUGAUAAAUUUGUUUAGCUUUGUUUAGUAAGUGUAGUUCAGUUGUUUUGUUUUCCGUUUUGUUUUAUUUUAAUGACAAGAAAAAAAAAUCAUGAACGUUCAAUGGUUCGGUUAUUUGUAAAUUAGCGCAAACCAGCGUUUUGUAUCCAUUUUAUUUGGCAUUUAAAAAAUCAAAAAAAAAAAUAAAAAACAAAAAAAAGUUAGUCACUGAUACUACAAGAAAAGUUAAAAAAACAAGAAAUGAUAUGAGAUGUGAUGUUAAAUAGUGGGACAAAACCAGAAGCAACAAAUAACAAAAUGAUAUAAAACUGAAGUAUAUGAAACUAAUAACAAAAAAAAAGUUAUAGCGCCUGUAAAUAUUAGUUAUUGUAAAGUGUAAACCAAGUAUAUAAAUUAAAGUAUCUAUAUAUACAGAAUAAAGUUGAUCUAAGGCAUAAGCUAACUAAGUAAAAGAAAAACUAAAUUAAACAACAAAACAAAGUAAGGAAAAUAGAAAUACCUCUAACAUUAGUUCAAACUAAUAACAAGAAAAAGAAAACAAACAUGUUAAUCAUAAUAGAAAUUGUAUCUAAAUUAACCAAAAAUCAACAAAAACGAAACACGACAAGCAGAGAAAAAGUGAAUUACCAACAAGUGACGAAUCAAAAUUAAACAAUUGCCAGAAGGAGGCAACCCUUCUGCGGGAUCGAUUGGAGCUAGAAAAAAACAUUUGAACAUAUACUUGAAGCGGAAGUAUCGAAAAACGAACGCGCAACCUCACAAUGCAAAAAGGUUCGCCCAAACGAAAAAAAAAAGAGGAAAAGUCAGCAACAUAAAUUCGAAAAGUUAAAGGAAAUCAUUUAGAGGAAAUGAACUUACCAUGAAUUAACGGUUUCGCAUUUACAUGGAACAAACAACCUAACAAAACCAACACAAGCGACAAGCAAGAAUGAAAAAAAAUGGUUGCGACAAACAAAAAUGUGGCAAGCUUUUGAAAGCAAGCAAAUUGUUGAACUAUAGUUUUGUUUUUAGUAGAGGACAACGUGUUGAAUAAAAACUUAAAUUGCAUAUGAUUUUUCAUCACUGACCGACGUUUAGCUCCUGUUUAAGAAAAACAAAAAAAAACACGUGAGAACAUCUAAAAUUGCCAUCGCCCAGAAGCCCCAGGGUGGUGUAGGUAUAUGUAAAUUAGUUACUGUGGGUGUAUGACGACGGUGGUUCCCGCACAGCUUCCUGCCGCUCCCGAAUAUACUCAAGUCUCUGGACCAUUAUUGACACAAAUUUCAACACCGUAUCGUAUGUCAUAUAAAGCGUGCAUCAGGGAAAGACAAGGGCAGAUCGACCGAUCGAGGGAACGUGUGCUGUGAUAAUUAUUUUCUGUUUAUUUUGGGAGAUCGCGACCUCUCUAGGUUAUCUGCUGCCGGGUGUCGGAAAACGGUUGCAAACAUUGCAAACAUUAGCACGCUCCGGAGCGCGAAGGGAGAGGACAGCCGCUUGUAGGGUCAAAAUCACCGCACUGGCUUCGGCUUCAAGCGAAGCCCGAAAAAAUAAAUGAGCGUAGGCUAGGUUUAGAUGAGACGUGAAACUACGUAGGUACCUCUUAAACCCAAUCAAAUACACUAUUUGUCUUGGCGAAAAUGUUUCUAAUACUAACUGGCAAAAAUGUCCUUUCUGUACAAUUCACCCUCUUUGCAAUUUCUAUUGCAAGACGUAAAUCCCUUCUGGAAAAACGCAGGGACUGAAGGCUCUCAAAACACUUCCGGCGCUAUUUAUUUUCUUACAAACGAUCACAUUUUCGAGAACAUACCAUCUCACUUCAUGAGAGCAGGCUUUUCGUCACAGGUUAAGAAUUUGUAUAUUUUGUAUGUAAAAAAUUUGUAAAGUUAGUUGCAAACUACUAGAAAAAAAAAAGUCAGGUUUAGUUCGCUGAAAGCGACCUGUUAAACACGUCAGCAUGCAGGAGGAAAGGCAACGCAACAGCAGCAAAAGGGAUACAGACUAUUGAUACGAUAUACGCUAUCUGCGCGAGUUACUAAUUUAAUUUGCAUACUACACAAAAUGGAAUGAAAGCGGAAGCGGAAGCGGAACUUGAGUGGUGGUUUGCUGUGAAAAUUCAGCAAAUCGAAGCACCACUCACACAAUCAUGAAAACAUCCAUACGCAAACAAACAAAUACACACACACACAUGGUUUACUUUAAUUCACUUAUUAAUUGCUAGGUUGGAAAGCUUCCCCCUCUUCUUCACUUUUGAUUUUAUUAUUAAUCUUAUUCGUACACGAUAUAUAAUAAUUUAAUUUUUAUUAUUAUUGCUAUUAUACAUUUACAUGUUGAGGUUAGUUUUAUUUUGUGUUUUAUGCAAAAAA